AUGGAGAGAAGUGGUUUUCUCUUGUCAAUCACGUUCUUGCUGAUGCUGCAGUAUAUGGCUAAAUUAACUAUCGGCACAGGUACAUCACAAAUCAACAUCACCACGGACCAGUCUGCUCUUCUUGCUCUGAAAACCCAUAUCACUAGUGACCCUUACAACAUCUUGGCCAACUGGUCAACCACCUCUGUAUGUAACUGGGUUGGCGUUACUUGCGGUGCUCGUCACCUCAGAGUAACAUCAUUGAAUCUCUCGUACAUGGAUUUCAUAGGUACCAUUCCACCACACUUAGGCAACCUCUCAUUCCUUGUUGCACUGAACUUCAACAAUAAUAGCUUCCAUGGUACUUUGCCCCAUGAAUUGUCUUAUUUGCGUCGGCUGAAGUUGAUUAGCUUCAGAUACAACAAUUUUAUGGGAUCCAUUCCGUCGUGGUUCGGGUCCUUUCCCAAACUUCAAGCCUUCAAUUUGCGUGGCAAUCAAUUUUCAGGUUCCAUACCCACGAUUAUCUUCAACUUAUCUACACUGAAAGCAAUUAAUCUAGUUAAUAACCAACUAUCAGGCACUAUACCAGAUGAGAUAGGUGAUCUUCAAAAUUUAGAGUAUUUUGCAGCCGGUGAUAAUAAUCUGAAUGGUCUCAUCCCAUCCUCAAUCUUCAAUAUCUCCACGGUAAAAGUAAUGGUGCUUGGUCUGAAUCAGCUAUCAGGUAGCCUCCCAGCAAAAAUAGGCCUUGGGAUUCCAAACCUACAAGGACUAUAUGUACCAGAAAAUGAGCUCAGCGGAGUAAUCCCCAACCUGUCCAAUGCUUCUAUGCUCACGGAGCUAGACUUGGGCGUAAACUCAUUUACAAGGUUUAUUCCGGGGACGCUCUGUGGCUUAAAAAACCUUCAGUGGCUUAGCUUAUCAACGAAUAAUUUAACGAUUGACACUUCCACUCCAGAAGCAACCACUCUCUCUUGUUUGGCUAAUCUUGGAAAUUUGAAAAGACUACAGUUGUCAAAAAAUCCGUUAAAUGCCAGACUUGAUGAUUCCCUUCGGAAUUGCUCAUCAUCGUCGCUUCAACAAUUUGAUUUAAGUGGUUGCAACAUGAGGGGUAACAUUCCCAUUGAUAUUGGCAACUUGAGCAGCUUGAUAGCCUUAGACAUGGGAUACAAUCAAUUGAGCGGAUCAAUUCCAACUUCUGUGGAGAGACUAGGAAAUCUCCAAGGUUUGUAUUUGAAUGACAAUGAGUUGCAAGGAUACAUCCCACGUCAACUUUGUCAACUAGAUAACCUAGUUGAAUUAUUUUUGGGUAGUAAUCAGCUAUCUGGUUCUAUACCUUCCUGCUUGGGCAAUUUAGCCACAUCUCUAAGAACUCUAUCACUAGAGUCCAAUUCACUGAGUUUCACAAUACCUUCUACUUUUUGGAGACUUGCCGAUAUCUUGCAUGUAAACUUAUCAUCCAAUUCUCUAACUGGACAUCUCUCACAAGAUAUUGGAAACUUGAAAGUUGCAACAUUGGUAGAUUUAUCAAAUAACCAUUUAUUUGGUAUUAUACCAAGAACUCUUGGGGGUCUUCCGAAUUUGGUUAAUCUAUCCUUGGCAAAUAAUAAUUUGGAAGGCCCUAUUCCAAGUUCAUUUGACGGCUUGCUAAGCCUGCAACUCUUGGAUUUAUCCAGAAAUAAUCUAUCUGGAGUGAUUCCAAGGUCUUUAGAAGCCCUCUUACUUCUCAAGUAUCUGGAUUUGUCUUUCAACAGGCUCCAAGGACAAAUUCCAACUGGUGGACCCUUUCAAAAUUUCUCCGCAGAAUCAUUUGUCUCAAACAGUGCACUCUGUGGUGCACUCCGACUCCAUGUUCCACCAUGCAAAAAUAGUACACGUGAUCUAAAUUGGAGAAAAGCUAACUAUAUCAUCCCAGGGAUCAUAUCAGUGAUUUUCUUAGUGGCCUCCGCAUCUAUCUUUGUACUACGAAGGAGGAAUGUGGAAGUUGCAAGAGAGGCUACCUCGUUGCCUCAAUUUUUUUGGAGAAGAGUUUCACGCCUAGAACUUCUAAGGGUGACAAAUGGAUUUAACGAAAACAGCUUACUUGGAAGUGGGGGUUUUGGCUCAGUAUAUAAAGGGACACUUUCAGAUGGAAUAGAUGUUGCAGUAAAGGUUUUCAAUUUACAACUAGAAGGGGCUUUCAGGAGUUUUGAGAGGGAAUUGGAAAUGCUAAGCAAUAUUCGUCAUCGGAACCUUAUCAAAAUCAUCAGCUGUUGCAUUCAAAUUGAUUUCAAAGCCUUAGUACUGAACUACAUGCCUAAUGGGAGCCUUGAGAAGUGGUUGUAUUCUGAGAACUGUUCUUUGAAUAUCCUAGAGAGGUUGACUAUAUUGUCAGAUGUUGCGGCAGCAUUGGAAUACCUUCAUCAUGGUUAUGGAGUACCUAUUGUCCACUGUGAUUUGAAGCCAAGCAAUAUACUACUAGACAAUGAUAUGGUUGCACAUGUUGCUGAUUUUGGAAUUGCAAAAUUGUUGGGUGGAGGAGAUUCUAUGACCCAAACCAUGACCCUAGCCACAGUUGGGUACAUGGCUCCAGAGUACGGAAUGGAAGGAAUUGUUUCAACUAAAGGGGAUGUGUACAGUUUUGGAAUUGUACUGAUGGAAACAUUCACAAAAAGGAAGCCAACAAAUGAGAUGUUUGUUGGGGAAAUGAAUUUAAAGCAAUGGGUUUCAAAUGCACUGCUACCAGAUGCAAUCGUUGAAGUUGUGGAUGCAAAUUUACUUGGGGCAGAGGAAGAUCAUUUUGUAGCCAAAAGGGAUUGUUUAUCAUCCAUUAUGAGAUUGGGUCUUGCUUGUUCUGCAGAAUCGCCAGAAGAAAGGAUGAGUAUGCAAGAAGUUGUGGUCACACUCAAUAAAAUCAAGAUCAAGUUUUUGAAGGAUACUAGAGUUGUUUAGUGU